AUGUCUGCUCCACUCGCCGAGGCACAGACCGCACAGAAAGGUAUGAACGACCUGACCCCUAGGGGGGCACGAGUGGGGCGCCGGGCUAAUAACGUCGUAGAUUGCCGGAAAUGCCAACUUCGCCGCAUCAAGUGCGAUCGCGGACUUCCGGGGUGUAUGAAAUGCUCCAAGCGUAGCCUCGAGUGCCCGGGGUAUGGUCCGCGGUUCAAAUGGGUCCAUGGAGUCGCCAGCCGGGGGAGUUUGCAGGGCAAACUGGUUCCUGUGCAAAACAAAUCAGCGCCUCUUGGGACGCAGGGGACUCGUCAUACUUGGAAUGUGCAGUAUGGAGGUCCGGCUAUAGAGGGACUGUCGAUCCCGCGCUCGCUGUCCAACCCUCUGUUGCGCGAAUCUAACUCCCCCUAUGCAUCUCACCUCAUGCCCUACUUCACGGAAUAUGUGGCCCGCAGACUCGCAUGGGUGGACGGGCCAGAGAAUCCAUGGCGACAGAUCGUUCUGCCGAUGGUCGAGGGCUCUGAAACCGUGCUGUCAUCUGUUCUCGCGCUGACCGCGCAUGACCUGGCAUCCCAGUAUCCUCGUCAUGAUCCCUGGUACGAACGAUUCCAGAGCAUCUCCAAAACCUACCAAGAAAAGGCCCUGGGCCGCCUGGCGCAAGAACUCAAUACGCUGCGCCAAUCGACUACCUCACAGCUCUGGAGUCGUGCGCUACCCACUGUGAUCCUGGCAUCGGCGAUCAUUUUGUGCAACAACGACAUGCUGAAUGCGCAGACGGCAGGAUGGCGGGUCCAUUUACAAGCCGCGCGGGAGGUUAUCCGAGCCGCCUGUUACGGCAAGACAAUCCACGUCGAGGAAUUCUUCUUGCAGGAGUACUAUACCACCUCGGUGUGGACACACCUGACGACCUUCCAUGAGGUGAACGAGAUUGUCCAUACUCCUGUAGCCAGCAGCAGAGAUGCCGUGUUCAUGGACUUCGUGCGGAUUGUCCACCAAAUCACCCAAACGGAACGUCUCCGGGCGAACUGCCAGCAGCCGCCGGAGAUGACCAUCGACGACAUCCAUGUUCAACUCAAGCUCGCUGAGGGAAACGCCCUAGAACUUAUUCAAGGUAUCCAAUUCUGGUCGGAAAUCGAUCGACGCGAUUGCGAGCAGCUCGUCUCGAUGUAUCGCCACGCGGGCCUUGUCUACAGCUACCAAGCCCUUGCGAGCCGUCCUACCGUGGAACCACUUAUCCAAGACUCGCGCAAUCAAAUCCUAGAACAUUUGCAAUGUCUUUCCGGGACGGGGUACGAGAUGUUCGCCCAGGAUUUGGUUUGGCCGCUCUUUGUUGCCGGGACCGAGUGUCAAGACAGCCGGCUUCGCCAGAAGACGAUUGAGCGCGAACUCACCAUCGUGAUGCGCAUCAGCCGGAUCUUGGAUCGAGACCGAAUGUUGUCGUUUUUGAAGACGUGGUGGAUGCUGUCUGAUCCUCAAUGUAGCUCGUGGAUCGAUCUGGCGCGGAAGCAGUCUUCUGAGUGCAAUUUUGUGAUUAUUUGA